AUGCCGUGUGGAUCUGUUCUACUGGCUGCAGUGGCAGCGUAUCCUUCAGAGAAGGAAGAUGAAGGGAUCCCUCUGGUAGUCGAAGCGGCAGAAGCGAAUUCUCUUUACGAUGAGGAAGGAAAGGCUAUCGUGAAACGAGGAGGCGGAGGCGGAGGCGGCUGUGGCGGAGGUGGCGGAUACGGCGGAGGUUAUGGCGGCGGCUGCGGCGGCGGCGGCGGGAAGGGCAAGGGUGGUGGUUAUGGCUAUGGUCCCGACAUCCAUCACUACCAUGUGAAGGCCAUGCCUUUCGUCGUAUACAAACACGAGUUCCCGCGAAGCGGAAGAAGGAGCAAGAGCAGCGGGAGUUCUCCAUAUCUGGCUGGAACACGAUGCAAGACGUUGUACUCUGGUCUCUUUCUUGCGGAGGCACUCGGGGCUGUUUUCCCUCACGCACUACGCUUCCACUGCUCUGUCGAAGGCUCUUCCUCUUCAAAGGGUGGUCGCUUCUGA